AAGUUGAAUAUAAUGCAACGAAACAAAUCAAACGACCGCACGUUCAGUCUUCCUCUUGUAACAAAAAAAAAACAAAGACCACAAAUUCUGACAUUCUUCAUUACUAUAAUAACUACCACAACAACAACGAGCCUAACUGGUAAGUGGUAACUACUUUCAGCUUACCUUAUAUUUCGACCUCAACAACAUUAUUCACUUCACUUCCGUGUUUGAUGAUGACUCUGGCUCGAGGCUUCGCCAUUGUCUUCCUCUUGUUCGCUCUAUACUGUGGUCUGGACCCUUUUCAGCACAGUCCCAUUGCCAGCUUCCCUGAUUUUGAGGCCAAGAAGGUUGUCAUGCCGCCAUGGUCUGAGGUUCCAACAAACCAGGACAAGGAGAAUUUGUUGCAGAAUUCGGAGGUUAAGUUUCUGAACCAAGUGCAGGGACCUGAGAGCAUUGCCUUCGACCCUCUUGGUCGUGGCCCUUAUACUGGUCUGGCUGAUGGAAGAAUUGUGUUCUGGAAUGGACAGUCUUGGGUUGACUUUGCUUACACCUCCCCUAACAGGUCAGAACUAUGUAAUCCUUUAGCAUCUGCGACACCAUUUAGUUAUAUGAGGACUGAGCAUAUCUGUGGAAGGCCUUUGGGACUCAGAUUUGACAAGAAAACAGGUGAUCUGUACAUUGCAGAUGCAUAUUUUGGGCUGCUGAAGGUAGGGCCUGAGGGUGGUUUAGCAACAUCUCUUGUAACUGAGGUUGAAGGGGUGCCACUGAGGUUUACUAACGAUGUUGACGUCGAUACAGAAGGGAAUGUUUAUUUUACAGAGAGCAGUGCUAUUUAUCAGAGAAGGAACUUCGUUCAGCUGGUACUUUCAGGGGACGACACUGGCAAGGUUGUGAAAUAUGAUCCUACCACUAAGGAAACCACUGUUCUUCUGAGGAACAUUCAAUUCCCAAAUGGCAUUUCCUUAAGCAAGGAUGGUUCCUUCUUUGUCUUCUGUGAAGGGCUUGUUGGCAGGCUACGUAAAUACUGGCUGAAAGGAGAGAAGGCUGGAACUUCAGAGAUCUUAGCCGUCAUACCUGGAGCUCCUGACAAUGUGAGAGUCAAUGAAAAUGGUGAUUUUUGGGUGGCUGUUCAUUGUAGAAGGAGCUCGUACGCAUACCUCGGCGGUCUCUAUCCAAAGAUAAGGAAAGCCAUACUCAAGCUUCCUAUAUCAACAAAGUAUCAAUACCUGCUUCAAAUAGGAGGGUGGCAACAUGCGGCGAUUGUCAAGUAUAGCCCUGAAGGUAAAGUCUUGCAGAUAUUGGAGGAUAGUCAGGGGAAAGUGGUUAGAGCUGUGAGUGAAGUGGAGGAGAAGGAUGGUAAACUUUGGAUAGGAAGUGUUCUCAUGCCUUUUAUUGCUGUUUAUAACUUGGAAUGAAGCAGAUUAGAUUCUUCUCCCACCAAGCUCUUUUGAAAUCACAGUUGAAGAAGUUGAUUGAUGCUUCAGCAUUGUCAGUGAUGGUCAUGGACAUUCAAUUUCCAGUUGAAACCCUGAGUUGAUUUUUGCUUCCACAUUGCCAUUGCUAAACGCUGGUGGUGCUCAUCAAUCAUCAUUUUUUUAGUUUUUACAUAGCAUUAAGAGUGAACACAAUAAGGUGUUGCUUGCUUGACGAAAAUACUUUUUAAUUUAAAUUGAUUUCUAAAGUAGUGAAAUUGUGAACAAA